AGAGCUUCCAGAGCUUGUAAUCGACGCCUCCCCCUCCUUUUUACAAGUUGUGGGUUUGUUUUUUUUUUCCCUUAAAUAAAUUAGUUCUGACUUCCAUUUCUUAGCGCUCUGAUGCCUGUCUGGUUUUUGGCAGAGGGCUCCUCAGUGCUGACGGGGGAGAGGCCGUUUACAGCAGGACACCCGGCCGGACAACGGCGCAGGAGGGUACAGGGCACGGGAGAGCGAUGGUUCCCUUUAGCUUUCUGCAACGUUCAGUUUGGGCGGAGGAGGGAGAGCCGCUAAAAGGAGAAGCGGCCCCAGAUGCUCAGCAUAUGGGCUGCACGUGGACACGGGGAGCCGGCGCGUCGGCUGGCGCCCAGGCGUGGUUGCACUCGAGGGCCCUUGUUGGGGCGGCCUGGAGGUUUAAGGGCUGUUGGUCCCACUUGUGUGGGAAGUGCGUGGGGUCUCUGCGGGAUCAUACGAUCUUUACCGGCUCUGUUACCACUAGGUGACACUCUUGAUCCAGCGCGUUUCAUGGCAUCCAGAUGUUCAUGGCCUCCAGGAGUGCCUCUGGAGUGGAGGAGGGCGAGCUUGGACACGGACAUGGAGAUCCCUUCGUGGGUGAGGAGGGGACCCAAGCGCCUUGGCUGAAAACCCAUGGGCUCUCUGCAAGGGUGUUUGGAUCAAGCGUUCCCGGGGCAGGGCAGAGUGUGCCCUCGCAAACCUCCGGUCCCGCUGCUGCCCGGCUCACCCAGCCUGGCUGUGCCCUCAGAAACGCUCAGAUGACGCUCCCUUGCCUGAGCCUGACCCUGGGGCAGGACCCCUCUGCUCCCAGCCGGGCAGGAGGCCGUGCCGUGCAAGCAGCCAGCUCUCACUGCCCCUCUCUUGGAGCCCCAGGCUCUGGGGGCUCCGUGCGAGUUCCAAGAGCGGCUCUCGGGUGGUGAAGCUGGAGAGCGUUUGCGUGAAGGCAGGAAUUGCUACAACGAAGGGGAUGGACUGAAAAGGAAGGACCCUGGCAGGGCUGGAGGUAUCCUGUGCAUUAAGAUAAUGUUUUUAGGCCACAAAGUGUCUUUCCAAGGAAGGGAGCUUUACCGGAGAGCCAGGAGAAGGUGGAGAAACGCGUGCUGUUGCUGACCACCACCACGUGGCCCCUUUACUGGUGCGCAGUGAAAACAGGAGCUGGGUUUAGCAGGGGGACUGUUCCUGUAAACUCCAGGAGCUGCAGUUUGGGGUGUUGGGAGCAGGAUGUCUCCACCUCCUUUCGACACAACCUGAGCUUCAGUGGAGGCAGGCAGCGGAGGGCUGCUUUGCAGAUGAAAAUGCAGAUCUUUCAAAGGCAGCCAGCCAGGCUCCAGCCAAAGCCUGCCCCAAGGAGCCAGCCCAGCUGAAGGAAGGAAAGAGGUCCUGAGAGUACUCUGCACUACUGGAGGCCACUGUGUUAAGCCCUGGGCUGCCUGGAUGUCCUCGCCGAGGUCUCUCAGCCUUCCAGUUUUACUCACUCCAUCUCACCAGCCCUUUUUUUUGCUGUGUUGACACUUGGGUGGCUGUUGACAACCUGGUUUUGCUUUCCCUGCCAGCGGUACUGGAGAGCAGAGCUGGUGGAAACCAUGAUCUCCUGCAGAUGUGUCCAGAAACGCAGCGCAGGGGAGAGAGCACAAACAGGCCAGCAGAGCUGCCGGAGCGGAGAAGCUUUUGCAGGGGCAAUGGUAGGAUUUGGACCUCAUUUUAAGGCAGUUUUUUUUUUAAACACAUUUUGCUAUGAUCGAUUCAGAUUCACUUCCCCAGCAAACACAUCCAAACCAAGCGUACGAAACCUCCCACGUACCGAAGUGCGGAGGGGACAAUCCCAAUCCGAUCUCCUCAUCUACAGCAAAAGCUCUGGAGAUAAACUGAGAUGCUCCUAAGGUCGGGGCACAGCAGGGCUGAGAAGGAAGGCUUUGCACCGUGCCAUGACUUCCUCGCUGAGCACUAGUGUGGACCCAGCUGGGAUAAAUCUGUGCCGCUGCAUCCAUUUAUCCCAGCUGGGGAGGGUUUUCUUGCUCGUUCCCAGCACAGAUGGGACGAGGAAGUGAGGGUUUCCUGGUACAAGCGCUUUUCUAAAGAAACCUCCUGCUGCGAUCAGAGCCUCGCGUGUGUGCGCGCUGCCCUGGGACGCCUGCCAGGACGGAGUGACGCAGAGGUGGCCCGGGAGGUUCGGCUGGGAGCAUCCGAGGAGAGGGUCCUGGGGAAGCAGUGGGAGGGCAGAUGCCGUGCACGAGCUCCCAGGAGAGCUUGGCCGGGUACGAGCGACGGCAGCCCUUUCCCUGUGAACAGCUUUCGAGUGGCACAGAGAUCCUGGGGGGCUGCAUGGGGGCUGCGUCCAGGCGCAGUGGUGAGCCCUGCUUUGCAUCUCCCCUGCCCCUCGCUCACAGGUGGUUCCCAGGCCCGAAUUGCCCAUUCAGCCACUAGGAAAAGCAUGACAAAAUUGUUGAAAAGGUGAUUAGAAAAGUAGAUCUUGGUGAAGAGACAAAUUUCUGUUCCGGGCCGGGUGGCUGGGCGGCCCUGCAGGGGGCUGGGGCUGGCGGGGCGGGCGGCGAGCACAGCCGGUGCUCGUCACACAUCUGCAGCAGCACCUUCCCCGGGGAAGCGUGUUAACAAAAGCUUUGGCAGCAGCACGGGGAGGAAAGGGCAGUGCCUGGCCCUGUGACCGCAGGGGUAGGCACCAGGGCCACAACAGAGACACACAGUUUGCGCUGGGGUCGGCGCCCUCGGCCCUCGUCUCCCCCGGACAGCAUUUGCAGCCAUUUGUUGGAAGGAAAAAACCCCCUUUUGUCAGCUGGGUAAUUAAAAAACCCAGAUCAGUCCCUGCCAAGCACCCCGAGGUACUGGCCCUGAAGCGUGCAGGUGGUAGCGUGGGACACCUGACAGAUUCACAAGCGUCUUCUGCGCUAGAAGGGCUGAAGAAGCCAGCAGGACCCGCUACGGCCUCUGACACCUCACCUCCCGCUUGCCAGAGGGCAAGUUGCCGCGGUUCCAUCCGGGGUCUCCCCUGCGAAGGCAGGGACCGGGGCUGCACCGAGGUGGCCCGGGUAACCCCGCAGCAGAGGGGCAAGACCACCGGCUAUCCCGCCGCGGGUGCAGCCUUUUCCCUUGGCUUCCACUCACACCCUCCAUCCCUGGCUACAGCUCACUGGAAAAUGAGCCAGCAAGUCCUUUCCAUGCCUCCGGCUGCUCUUUGAGCAGGCAGCUGUGGGCUAUUGCGUGCAGGUUUUGUUGCUUUUUAUUCAGCUUUGCAAAAUUUUGCUUUUUACCGACUGGCGUGGAGGACGGAGCCUCGCGCGGCGCUGCCGGCUGGGCUCAGGCGCAGGCCUGCCGGCCCAUGGGUCGCUGCCCGCCGGCCAGGCGAGCACGGGGUCGCCGGCGUUGGCAGAGGCGGCCAGUGGAGGGGAGGCAGAGCGUGGUGCCAGCGGCCUCUUUAAGGCAGAAAAGGGAACUCUCUGGCUGCCACUUUGUGGAGUUUCGACCAAAUCCCUGUUUUCAUUAGCAUUUCAUUUCAUCUCCUCCUCUCCCCCCCCAGCCCCACCUCCUCCGAAUCAGCAUUUCUGCAUCCUUUUCUGUGCAUCACAGAGCAGCAGGUAAAACUCCGGCUGGCACCUGCACACACGCGCACCCGCGCUCACACACGCGCACCCCUGCACGCCGGACGCACCUCUGCCGGGGGAGAGGCACCUUCCCACGCUCCUGCGUGUUGCAUCUUCCUCCUCACGGGCGAGUUUGGCUCGGAGCAUCCCCGUGCUCGCCUCAGGGCUGCUCUGCUUCGCCUUGCUGGCUCUGGCUGCAGCAGCAGCAGAGCUCAGGCACGGAGCUACUCGGUGGGGCCCUGCUGCCCCAGGGGACGGAGCUCUGCAGGCAGCCAAGCCUGGCUGAGCCUCGGGGAUCCGGAGCUUCCCCAGCAUCUGCAACGUCCUGGCAUCCAGAGCAUUCCCAGCAUCCAGGGUAUCCUCGGUCCAGAGCACCCCUGGCAUCUGGAGCAUCCUGGGAUCCAGACCAUCCCCAGCAUCUGAAGUAUUCUGGAGUCCUGAGCAUCCCAGCAUCAAGAGCGUCCUGAGCGUCCUGAGGUCCAGUUUAUUCCUGGUCCAGCACAUCCAGAGCGUCCCUGGCACCUCAAGCAUCCCUGGCAUCUGGAGCAUCCCGGUGUCUGGAGCAUCCCCAGCAUCCAGAAGCAGCGUCCAGGGACAUCCCAGCGCAGGAGGAUUUGCAGGGACAAGGAAAUGCCUGGCUGUGAGUAACGGGGAGCAGAACCUUGCUGCUGCUGCUCAGCUCCUGGGAAGCUCACUCUGCCCUGGUUGCCAGUGAAGAGGGAGAGCGGGGGGAGAGAGGGAGAGGAGGAGGAGAGGAGAAAGGACAGACACAGAGCAGAGAGAGCGAGCUGGUGCUUCUCCCCCUGGAGCUGGCUCCGGCAAUGAUCACCUAGCGCACGUCACAGCCGGAGAAGGUCCCCCCAGCUCCGGAGCCAUCCCUGCCACCCGGCUCCUCAUGGAGGGCGAUGUGGGGGCCCCCAAUGCCAGCGUGCUGGGGGAGCGCUCGCUGCUGGUGGGGAGCAGCUGGGUGGCCGCUUUCCUCUGCUUCAUCAUCCUGCUGACCACGGCGGGGAACUUCCUCCUCAUCCUCCUCAUCGUCACCCAGCGCUCCCUCCGCAACACCUCCAACUACUUCCUGGUGUCCCUCUUCAUGUCCGACCUCAUGGUGGGGCUGGUGGUCAUGCCCCCGGCCAUGCUCAACCAGCUCUACGGCCGCUGGGUGCUGCGGGGCGACUUCUGCUCCCUCUGGUACUCCUUCGACGUCAUGUGCUGCAGCGCCUCCAUCCUCAACCUCUGCGUCAUCAGCCUGGACCGUUACCUGCUCAUCAUCUCCCCCCUCAAAUACAAGCUGCGGAUGACCUCCUGCAGAGCCCUCUGGCUCAUCCUGGCCACCUGGACCUUGGCUGCGCUGGCCUCCUUCCUGCCCAUCAAGAUGGGUUGGCACGAGCUGGACUUUGAGGUCCGGUCGCCAAACAUCACCUCGCGGGGGGACGAGGACCAGUGCCGGCUGCUGGUCAGUUUGCCCUACGCCUUGGUGGCCUCCUGCCUGACUUUCUUCCUCCCGUCUGCCGCCAUCUCUUUCACCUACUGCCGCAUCCUCCUGGCAGCCCGGAAGCAAGCGGUGCAGGUGGCUUCCCUCGCCUCCAACAUGGCCAGCGCCGCCACCGCCGAGACCACGCCGCAGGCUCCCCGCGCCCCGAGCCAGCCCGCGGCCGGCAGCGAGAGCAGGAGGUUCGCCAACAAGCACAGCAAGAAGGCGCUGAAGGCCAGCCUGACGCUGGGCAUUCUCCUGGGCAUGUUCUUUGUGGCUUGGCUCCCCUUCUUCGUCACCAAUGUGACGCAGGCAGUCUGCAGCUGCGUCCCGGCCAGCUUCUUCGACGUGCUCACCUGGCUCGGGUACUGCAACAGCACCAUGAACCCCAUCAUCUACCCGCUCUUCAUGAGAGACUUCAAGAGGGCCAUGGGCAAAUACCUGCCCUGCUGCCGGCGCUCGGGGGAGCCCCGUCCCAGUGCCAUCUCCCUCUCCAUGAGGAACUCCAACAGCGGACCCCGCGCCGCCACCUCCCUCAAGAACGUCCUCACUUUGCAGGCUGAGACCGACUCGGUUGAGUCCGGGGCGCUGGGGAACGAACACGGCCUGCUGCCGGCCAUCGACGGCUCCCCGGCUCUCCCGGGCCCCGCCACCCACUUGGUCAACCUUUUUGCCACAGAGCCCCCAGAGGCGGAGCUGCAGCACAAGCAGCUCAGCAACCCCGUGGCCUGA